AUGUUCAUUCCGGACUUGAUGCACAAGUUUGAGCUAGGCGUAUGGAAGGCGAUCUUCACCCACCUCCUUCGCAUUCUUUAUGCCGUCAGUGAGGAUGCAAUUCAGAAGUUCGACAUGCAAUUCCAUAAAGUUCCAACAUUUGGACGUGACACAAUUCGCCGAUUCAGUAACAAUGUUUCCGCGAUGAAGAAACUGGCUGCGCGCGAUUUUGAGGACAUUCUCCAGUGCUGCAUUCUGGUAUUCGAAGGCCUAAUCCCCUCUAAGAAAUACAACAACAUUGUCAUGGACCUGCUCUUUGAACUCACAGCUUGGCAUGCCUAUGCGAAGCUUCAUUUGCACACUGAACACACCCUUCAGGUGUUUGAACGUGCAACAGCUACACUUGGCGCAGCUAUCUGUCACUUCAGGAAGACAGAUGCAAUGGACUUCGACGAUGAUCCCGAGGAGCCUCUGGAUGAUACGCGCCUUGACUUCGCUGACAAAGAGCCACUUCUGCGCACAUCCCCAAAAGUGCAUUACCACAUGUCCAAGUCACAGCAUUUCUGCGAGGACAUUAUAAGCUUUGUGAUACGGAACAAAGGAGAUCCCGCAUUCAAGAUGUUCAUGCCGUCGCUCAAGGAUCACCUUCUCACUCGCCUUACUGGUCGUGCAUACAACGGCGAUGAAGACACGUUCACACACAAGGAACACAAUCAGAUCUUGUUCCUCGACAACAAGCUCUACCGGCACAAGGUGCUCCGAAUCAAUUACACCAUGUACGAUAUGCGCCAUGCCCAGGAUUCCAUAAAUCCUCGCACACACCCCGAUGUCAUGGUGCUAUCACACGAAGAUGGCGAAGAUGCUGAUCAACACCCUUAUUGGUACACCCGUGUCGUUGGAGUCUUUCACGUCAAUGUGUGUUAUCGCGGGCCGUUACCGAUAUCCCGACAGCCACAACACAUGGACUUUCUGUGGGUACGUUGGUUUGGUCGCGAUCUUACAGCACCAGGUGGCUUCAAGACCCGCCGCUUGCACCGUGUCGGGUUCGUCGAUCGUGACAUGUUCAUGAGAUACCUCGGUGGUGGUGUCGGACACAAGGGAACAGGUAUUACCCUGCCAACGGUCGGGGAUGAGAUGGAUAUAGACGAUGAUGAGUCAGAUGAUGACAAGUCGGACGAUGACGAGUCGGACGAUGACAAGCAAUCCGUGGAUUGUUUGGUGCAAGAUGAAGACGAAGGUCAGAUUGGACAGGAAGAAGAUGACUACAGCUACAGGGAUUCGGAUGACGAUGAAGAUGAGCAGGGCACUGGAGGCGAAGGAAGUGAUCAUGAAGAGGUUGAAGAACUUGGCCCGGAGGAUGGCGAGGAUGGUGAAGAGGACGAGUAUGGCGACGAAGGCUAUGCGCCGCUGUAG